GGUAUCGGGCCAGUGGCUUUCAGAGUACACCAACACUGUUCAGUGUGUCGUAUUGUGUGAGCAGUGCGUCCCGUGUGGUGCGUGAGUGGUGCGUGCCUGCUGUGUCAUGGCGUUCCAGUGCAGAGCCGCGGACCGCCCCCACAGGGGGAGCACCUCGUUCGGCAGCUCCAGCGUCAGCGUGAGCACCACAGGCAGCGGUGACGCAGAGGGGGAAGCGGAUGCAGAGGCCGAGGUGGACGCAGAGGCAGCAGCGGCUGACGUCACUGGCCCCGGCCAGGUCAUCGCGGGGUCGCCGGAGGCCGCAUCACAGGACGCCGACAGCGCAGGCUGCGGGGGCGGCGGCGAGGGCGGCGGAGGCGGCGGGGGCUGCCGGGGGCCGAGCGACGGCCAGGGCGCGGGGAGUGGCGCUGCGGAGCAAGGAGAGGCGCCUCAGCUGGAGGCUCCAGGCGCCGCGCCACCACCCCGCCGGCCCUCGCUGGAGGCUCCAGCCGCCGUGUUCUUCCCCCAUCUGCCGCCUGAGCUGCUAACCGAACUCCGAGAACUGAAGCGCUGGACUUGUGUGUUUGUGUCGCCGGGUGGUGUUUGUCUGCGGCGUCUGUCGGCGCCGGCCGCGCCGCGCCACGCCACGGCAAAGAUGGCGGCGGGCGUGACGUGA